CUUUUCUACACAUAAUUUUUCUUGCAAUUGGUUUUCUUCAUCGAUUGUUGAAUGCCCGUCUCAAGCACCAAAUUUUGGUGCUUGGGGAUUACAGGGUUUUUGUGAUUUCUUUCUCUCUCUCUCUCUACAGUAUCCAGAGGCCGCCAUUGGUGUGUUUCACCACCAGUCUUUCUCGCAAAAUCCGCAGCGCAUAGAAAGAGAGAGGGAGAGGGAUGUGCCAAUGCCGGAUGUAGAAGAAGACCCACUUGAUAUGGACGACGUUGUUGCGCAAUACUUUCAAGAAUGUAACCCAACUUUGAAUCUCGAUGAUCCGGGUCUUGAUGAAUUGCUUAAUGGCAACUUGCAACAUAAUGAUGGGGAUCAGUUCGAUUAUUGGGAUACCGAAAAUCCUGUUAUGAACGAUGACAAUGAUUAUAAUUUUAACAAUUCUCCUAAUCUGGAUUUUACGACCAACGGUGUUGAAGGUGAAAAUCCUGAAUAUGUUGGUAAUGUGGGUGAUGAAGUUGAGACGAAUUCCGUUGUUCCUUUUCCGGUUUGGCCUCCUGUUCCGACUCCGUUUAAUUGUAGUUACUGUCAUGUCCUUCGAGAAAUCAUCCACGAAAAUGGCGCAAACAGUAUGAAGCUUGAGAUUCACGGAAGAAUUGGUUUUAUUUGCCAUGCUAUUUAUGAGAUGCAGACUAACGUUAUCGAUGGACCUCCUAUAGUAAACUAUGAAAUGGUCGAUUUCACAAUGCAAAGCAUGGAGAGUGUAAAGCAGUUCAUAGUUCAGUAUUGUCAAAGCCGCACUCAAGAAGGAUAUGUUUUAUUGCCAGAUCCAUUAUCAGUUUACUACGAUGCAUUAUGCUAUGGACUUAACUGGUUCAAUAACGUCGAUUCAGAUGAACUCAACCCUCCAUCAGAGGCAAGUCAUAUUGGAGCAGAGGAGGAAAAUCGAACUCCAGCAAAUACGAAUGACACUAGAACUCCUAGGCCUGGUCUCGCAUCACAGAGGCAAAGGACAAGGGCAUUAACAUUAAACGACCUGACCAGACGGUUCCACGUUCCCAUAAAUACCGUAGCUAAAGAACUACAAAUUUGUACUACGGUGAUCAAGAAAAAAUGCCGGGAAUUUGGGGUGAAACGAUGGCCAAGUCGAGCGUGUGAACAGGUAAUUAGCAAAACUAAAAAGUUAUUAAUGUUGGAAACAAGUCUGAGAGAUGGAAAUGGCAACAGAAAUACAAACAGCGAGAUUGAGACUUUAAGAAAACAGCUCGAGGAUAUUUAUGCUUGCCGGGAUGUCGAUGACUAAUCAGGAUACCAUAAUUAGCAAUAACAUGAAUCAUCAAUUCACAUUGGCUAUUGUGAAAUGGUUUGAUAUGUUAGAAUAAUGCAAACUGAAAAUGGGUUGGUAACAGAUUUUUCAUUGCUGCUUUGAUUAAUGUGUAAAAAUAAAAUAAGAAACAUACCAUUU